AUGGCUUCCGAAGUUUUGGCAAAACCUCAGAUGCGUGGCCUUCUGGCCAGGUGUCUGCGAAUUCAUAUGGUUGGAGCAUUCUUGGUAUCCCUGGGGGUUGCAGCUCUCUGUAAGCUUGGUAUGGCUGAACCAAGAAAGAAGGCAUAUGCAGAUUUCUACAGAAAUUACGAUCCUGAGAAAGAUUUUGAGGAGACGAAGAAGGCGGGUAUCUUUCAUAGUAUAAAGUGA